GUUUUGAAAUAUGAAUCCAGGAGGAGCUUCAUCUGCUCCAAAAUUUGAUGCAAGUUUAGAUGCAGAAUGGCAACAGUGGAAGGCAACGCAUGGAAAAGUAUAUGGCCCGGAUGAAGAAGGAUGGAGGAGGACAGUGUGGGAGAAGAAUAAGAAAAUGGUUGACCUGCACAACGAGGAAUACAAGCAAGGGAGAUCGAGCUACACCUUGGGAAUGAACGCUUUUAGUGACAUGACCCACGAAGAAUUCAGGCGGAAGAUGUGCGGUAAAGUAGACGUGCAAGAAUAGGAGAGUGUUCCGGAAACCUUCCAUUGCUGAAAUCCCCCCAAGAGUGGAUUGAUGAAAAGAAGGCUAUGUGGACAUGGAUAACAGGGGGAUGAGAGCAUGAGUGGGCGUGGGGGGGGAGAAUGGGGGUUAAUUGGGGGAUAAG